AUGGACUCUGAGCAAGGAAUUUCCGACGAGAGUAAAAAGCAAAUUGUUAUACUGUUAAACUCCGAGCAGGAGCCCCCGCAAGACUCGUCCUUUAGCGACACAUUGUUCUCCAGGACAUGCCAGAGCGUCGUGGAUCGGAAUGAAGCGCGGAUAAAUCGCGACAUUACCCCCGAGCUUGUUCCUGCGCAUCGUGGCGCGCGAAAGCUGGGAUGCCUUGUUGAAAGUACAAACGAAGGAUGGAGUAACUCCAUGCCCUUAACAAACCCCCGCCCGCAGCCAGAUUACUCUGUUGGUUUCAAGAGAGGGGCAUUUUCUGAAGCUCAGCUGGAGAGAAUGGCCCCGAUGAUUGGCAACAGGAUUGCCGGAGAUCAAUCGAAGAUUAUGGCAACGUACCUAAUUUACUUCCCAUUUCUGUCAUGCGAAGUCAAGUGUGGCUCUACGUCGCUGGAAGACGCGGACCGCCAGAACGCUCAUACGGCAACAUUGGCCGUACGAGGUGUUGUUGAAUUAUUCAUGGUAUUGAAGCGCGAACAUGAGAUUGAUCGCAAGAUCCUGGCAUUUUCUGUCUCGCACGAUCAUCGACAAGUGCGACUUUACGCCCACUACGCUGAUAUUAAGGAGGGAGAUGCAAAAUACUACCGUUAUACAAUCCGCACAUUUGACUUUACAGAACUUGAUGGCAAGGAGAAAUUCACGUCAUAUCGUUUCAUCAAGAACGUAUAUGAAAUCUGGAUGCCGCAACAUUUCUCGAUGAUAUGUUCCGCCAUUGACCAACUCCCUGGUUAUUCGAAUCCGGAUGUGACCUCGCUUCAAGAAUCCGCCCUUUCCCAUGAUCUCGAAAGGUACAGCCCGUCACAAUCGCAGUCACAGUCGGAAAUCGAAUCUGCCCACGAAUCGCAACAAGACGCUACUCCAAACACAUCACUCACUGGGGCAGGUCCCGCCAAAGCGUAA